AUGAAGUACGUUGUUGUUUCUGGUGGUGUUAUCUCAGGUAUUGGUAAGGGUGUUUUAGCGUCCUCGACGGGGAUGCUAUUGAAGACUCUCGGUCUGAAGGUUACUUCCAUCAAGAUUGACCCAUAUAUGAAUAUCGAUGCCGGGACAAUGUCUCCCUUGGAACAUGGUGAGUGUUUUGUACUUGAUGAUGGUGGGGAAACAGACUUGGAUCUCGGUAAUUACGAGCGGUACCUCGGCAUUACCUUAAGCAGAGACCAUAACAUCACCACUGGCAAGAUAUACUCUCAUGUAAUUUCCAGAGAAAGGAGAGGUGAUUAUUUAGGCAAAACAGUGCAAAUUGUUCCUCAUUUGACCAAUGCGAUUCAGGAUUGGAUUCAACGUGUUUCAAAAAUUCCAGUGGAUGACACAGGAUUAGAACCAGACAUCUGUAUCAUCGAGCUAGGUGGUACGGUAGGUGAUAUUGAAAGCGCACCCUUUGUGGAAGCAUUACGACAAUUUCAGUUCGAAGUUGGAAGAGAGAAUUUCGCUUUGAUCCAUGUUUCACUGGUGCCUGUCAUUCAUGGUGAACAGAAGACGAAACCCACCCAAGCAGCAAUCAAAGACUUAAGGUCAUUGGGGCUUAUCCCCGAUAUGAUUGCCUGCAGAUGCAGUGAAGAACUUAACAAGAGUACCAUUGACAAGAUUGCCAUGUUCUGCCAUGUGGGACCGGAGCAAGUGGUCAAUGUUCAUGAUGUUAACUCCACGUACCACGUUCCUUUAUUGCUGCUAAAGCAACAUAUGAUCGACUAUCUCCAUUCAAGGUUGAAAUUAAGUGAAGUCCCCCUAACUUUAGAAGACAAGGAAAGAGGAUCCCGAUUAUUGACUAAUUGGGAGAACAUGACUAAAAACUUGGAUGAUGCUGACGAUGUUGUCAAGAUUGCCCUUGUAGGCAAAUACACUAAUUUAAAGGAUUCCUACCUCUCCGUGACCAAAUCCUUAGAGCACGCAAGCAUGAAGUGCCGUCGUCAACUGGAAAUCCUUUGGGUGGAGGCAGGUAACCUAGAGCCCGAGACUCAAGAGGUGGACAAGAACAAGUUCCACGAUUCGUGGAAUAAACUCAGUUCCGCCGAUGGGAUUUUGGUGCCUGGUGGGUUUGGCACAAGGGGCAUUGAGGGUAUGAUUCUUGCUGCCAAAUGGGCCCGUGAAUCCGGCGUCCCCUUUCUUGGGGUCUGUCUUGGCUUACAGGUUGCUGCUAUCGAGUUCUCCCGUAAUGUGAUAGGCCGCCCAAACAGCAGUUCCACGGAAUUCUUGGACGAGAAACUACUAGCUUCUGAAGACCAAGUAGUCAUAUACAUGCCUGAGAUCGAUAAGGAACAUAUGGGUGGCACAAUGAGAUUGGGUCUGAGACCCACCAUUUUCCAACCGAAUUCAGAAUGGAGCAACAUAAGGAAGCUCUAUGGCGAAGUCGAUGAAGUGCACGAAAGACAUCGUCAUCGGUAUGAGAUAAAUCCUAACUUAGUGGACGAUAUGGAGUCUCGUGGCUUUAUUUUUGUUGGCAAAGAUGAGACAGGCCAACGUUGCGAAAUAUUCGAAUUGAAAGGCCAUCCAUACUACGUGGGCACCCAAUACCAUCCGGAGUAUACAUCGAAAGUAUUGGAACCAUCAAGACCGUUUUUGGGGCUUGUGGCCGCAGCUUCCGGAAUACUUGGUGAGGUAAUCGAGGACAUAAAUCUAACCGAUGGAAAUGAAAAUAAAUAA